AUGUCGGGGACGGAUUCGCAGAGGUAUCUGAGUACUCGGGGCUCAUCAUGCGGACUAUCUUUCGAAGAUGUCGUGCUGAAAGGUCUUGCGUCAGAUGGCGGCUUGUUCAUUCCAGAAGCCAUCCCCCAACUACCGGAGGGCUGGGAGUCAAAGUGGCGGGAUUUCACAUUCCAGGAGUUGGCAUUUGAGAUUAUGUCUCUGUAUAUCUCCCCUUCAGAGAUCCCUCCAGCGGAUCUAAAAAAUAUCAUCAACCGUAGCUAUUCGACUUUCCGAUCGACAGAUGUUACGCCCCUCGUUACCCUCGAUGACUCAAAGCAACUCUACCUUCUUGAACUGUUCUGCGGCCCGACGUUUGCAUUCAAGGAUGUUGCUCUGCAGUUCCUCGGAAACCUCUUUGAGUAUUUUCUUGCACGGCGAAAUCAAGGGAAGAGUGGAAAAGACCGACUGCACCUCGUUGUGAUCGGAGCUACGAGUGGAGACACCGGUUCCGCUGCUAUAUAUGGCCUGAGAGGGAAGGAAGAUACUUCGAUAUUCAUUCUGCAUCCUAAGGGAAAAGUCUCUGCUAUCCAAGAGGCCCAAAUGACGACCGUCCUCGAUCCCAAUGUCCAUAACCUUAGCGUUCAAGGCUCCUUCGAUGACUGCCAAGCUAUGGUCAAAUCGAUGUUUGCUGAUCCAGAGAUGAACCUCAAGUACAAGUUGGCGAGUGUGAACUCGAUAAAUUGGGCGCGCAUCCUUGCCCAAAUGACUUACUACAUUCACUCUUAUUUCUCCCUCACCAGAAGUCCAAAAUACACCAAAGACAAGUCCAUAAGGUUUGUCGUACCAUCAGGUAAUUUCGGUGAUAUCCUUGCUGGCUGGUUUGCAAAACAAAUGGGCCUUCUCACAGAGAAGCUAGUCAUCGCAACAAACGAAAACGACAUUCUUGACCGAUUCUGGAAAACCGGCCAAUAUACCAAGAAACCUACCGGGAAUGGGGCCACAGGCGCGGAGCCGAGUGGCGUCAAAGAAACCUUCAGCCCAGCCAUGGAUAUCCUAGUCUCAAGCAAUUUCGAGCGCCUCCUCUGGUUUCUCGCCAUUAAAGUCUUUGGCGGAGACGGAGAUAUUCAUCUACAGCGGCAAAGAGCCAGCGAUAUCGUCCGCAGAUGGCUUGGCGAUCUGCAAACUCAAGGCGGCUUCAGAGUUGAGCCAGCCGUUCUUGAUGCUGCCAAAGAACAUUUCGAAUCUGAGCGUGUCUCCGAUUUGGAAACCAUCGACACUAUUCGCGACAUCUACUCCUCUUGUUUCCCCGCCUCCCCAGUUAGUAGCGGAACAAGAGGCAGCACGGGUGGAUACAUCCUUGAUCCACACUCCGCUGUUGGAGUUGCUGCUUCCCUUCGAUCUAUUGAUCGCAACCCUGGCACACAUCAUAUUUCUCUGUCAACGGCACACCCAGCAAAAUUCGUUUCAGCUGUUGAUAUGGCGCUAGGAGGCCAGGAUGGCUACGAGUUUGACAACAUUGUUCCACCGGAGUUUGCGGGGUUGUUGAGGAAAGAGCGCCGUGUGAUUGAGGUUCCUGCGGGAGAAGGGUGGAAGGCCGUGAGCAAAAUUAUCGACGCAAAUGUUAAGUUGUAG